AAGUAGCUCAGGAUGCAUUACAUCACUUAGACAUCCACUUUUAGUUCGUAUCCUUAUAAUAAUAAAUGUUUAUUGUAAAUUUAAGGCAAUCUAUUAUGAUUUGCAUUUCAUUAGGGUUGAUAAAUUAGAGAUUAGGAUCAACUGUCCGCAUUCAUUCGCAACGACAACAAACCCUGUUACCGUAACAGACAGCAAGUUGAUUUUGUUACCUUGCUUACCUUGCUUUACAUUCAGUUCGUUGAACUCUCGCGUUUCAGAAGUCGAAAAGGGCGAAGACACAGUUCAUGUCUACAAGGAUGGAUACAAAAUUGAAUACUUUGGCAUAGUCGACCCGCACUACUUUGUAUCCUGGAUCCUUGAUAUUCCUGACGACCCACUUGUUAUUAUAAACUCGAAACACACAGCAAAUGAAUGGAGCUCGCUGAAAGACUCUCAUGUCAGAAUGAUUGGCUAUUUCAGUCCUGGAAGUGAAGAGUUGAAAGAUUUCGAAGAAGCGGCAGAAGAUUUUAUGGGCGAAAUAAGGUUCUUUGCAGUAGUCGAUACUUUUUGGGCUCGAAGCAUGGGCAUCACAAAGCUUGGUGAAGUUCGCAUGUACCGUCCUUUUGACAGCAAUCCACUGGUAGCACCACAUACGGUCGAUACAGAGGAAGAAUUCGAAGAAUGGGUCAACGAAAACAGGGAGCCGGUCAUGCAGCAGUUAACCUAUGAGAAUUAUUUCAACGUGUGGAAAGACCCAGAGCCUGAUGAACGUAUGAUAGUCGCUUUCUGCGAUGAUGAAGAAGAGGAUGGCGAAGCUCUGUUCAACCUUUUGAAGCAAAUCAAUCGAGAUAACGCACAGUACGCCGGAAGGCUAGAAAUCCUGCUAAUCGAUCCGGAUGAUUUUCCGCUUAUGAUUGAUGAGUGGGAGUCGAUGUUCGGAAUUGAAAUCGAAGAGGGCCCGCAGCUUGGUCUUGUAGACAUUUCUGACAGGGAAGGUGUUUGGUUCGAUAUGACGCAGCUAAACCUGAAGGAAUCGAACGAAUAUGAGGCUCAAAACUUAGAAGUCUUACAAGCAUGGAUUGACCAAAUCAUGGAAGGCAGCAUCAACAAUGAUUUUCAUGAAAGCUCCUGUACAUCUGUAAGGAAACGCGGCGAAUUGUAA